UGUUGUUAGCGGUUGAAGCGGCUUUUUGUAGUUUGGUGUGAUUUUUGAUCGUGCCGGAAAUUCGUGAAGAAUUAUUUUUAGAUUUAUUGUUUCCAAAAUGCCUCAAGAAUUAGAAUCGCCCGGCGUUAAAGAUAGAGAAGCUUUAUAUAGAUUGAUUAUUAGUCAAUUAUUUUAUGAUGGACACCAAACAUUAGCUGUAAGUUUAUCAAAUUUAGUUAAAGCACAUCCACCAUGUCCACCUUCUGAUAGACUACAGCAUGUUGUUUCACAAGCAUUAAAAAUGGAACAAGAACAAAAAGAACAGGGAAUGAAUUCUGAAAGUAUUAAUCCUGGAAUUGGUAUUGAUUUAGAAUAUGAAACUGAAGGCAAAGCUCCUUCUCUUGCUCCAGAACCUGGUUUAUAUGAAACAUGUUAUGUCACAUCACAUAAAGCACCAUGUCGAGCAGGAACUUUUAGUCCAGAUGGUCAGUUGGUAGCUACAGGUUCAGUUGAUGCUUCUAUCAAGAUCUUAGAUGUUGACAGAAUGUUAGCAAAAAGUGCCAUGCCUGCUGAUCUUGCUGCACAAGAAUCUACUCAAAUAAAUAUGGAAACUCAUCCAGUUAUAAGAACAUUAUAUGAUCAUAUAGAGGAAGUUACCUGUUUAGAAUUCCAUCCAUUUGAACAGAUUUUAGCAUCUGGAAGUAGAGAUUAUACAGUAAAAUUCUUUGAUUUUUCCAAACCAUCAGUUAAGAGAGCUUUUAAAACUAUACAUGAAGCUGAGAUGGUUCGUUGUCUAUCAUUUCAUCCAUCUGGAGAUUAUAUGCUAGUUGGAACUCAUCAUCCUACAUUAAGGUUAUAUGAUGUUCAGACGACCCAAUGUUUUGUUUCCAGUAUACCAGAAGAUCAGCAUAAAGGUCCUAUUACUAUGGUAAAAUACAGUCCAACUGCUAAUAUGUAUGUAUCUUGUUCUAAAGAUGGCGAUAUCAAAGUAUGGGAUGGUGUUAGUAAUAAAUGCAUAAACACAUUUCCUCAGGCUCAUGAUGGCAAUGAAGUUUGUUCAGUUCUUUUUUCUAGAAAUUCAAAAUAUGUACUAUCAAGUGGUAAAGAUUCACUAGUUAGGCUAUGGGAAUUAUCAAUGUCUCGUUGCCUUAUUGCCUAUACUGGUGCUGGUGCAACUGGUAAACAAGUCCAUAGAGGCCAAGCUAUCUUUAAUCACACUGAAGAUUAUGUUUUAUUUGCUGAUGAAAAAACAACUAGUCUAUGCUGUUGGGAUGCAAGAAAUGCAGAAAGACAGAGAUUAUUAUCAUUAGGACAUAAUAAUGUUGUGCGUUACAUAGUUCAUUCUCCAACGGGACCAGCAUUUCUCACCUGUAGUGAUGAUUUCAGAGCACGAUUUUGGUACAGAAGAGCUGAAUCUUGUGAUUAAUUAUUUCUUCAUUGUUUAUUGUUUGUUUAUUCAUUCUGUGAAUUUUCUACACAUGUUUAUUUUAUAAACAAAUAAAAGUUCAUUUAUGAAAGAAAUAUAUUUUACACAAAUAUUUGAAUAUCGAUUCUGAAUUUUUCUCUCUGUGAUUAAUAUAUUUGAAGUAAAUAUUGACAGUCAUUUUCACUUUAAAAUUUUUUUAUUUCAAAUCUUUUAAUACUACA